AUGGUAUGUACUAAUCAGUUAGGCGCACUCGCAUCGUAUGGACAGUUGUACUACGCUUUUCAACCUCGCCUGGACAACUGUAACGAGGGCUGGCUUAUCAGUGGAGAGAUUGCUUUCACUGAAAUUUCGGAUGACAAGUGCACCUUGAAAUCGCCAGAUCAACGAAGCAAUGUUAUUCCAUGUGAUUCGUAUCAUAGUGGAUGCUAUUGUUAUAGAGAAUACAAUACAUCUUUUGAAAAUGUUGACUUUUUCCCAAACACCCAGCGAAUAGUUAGACUCACAAAGGGCAAGUCAAAGAAGUUGAGUGCCAAUGAAUCUGUGAAAUAUAGCCUUACUUACCAAGAAGCUGAGUUUAUGUGCAUAGGCUACGGGGGAAUAUUGGCAAACAGAACACAGGUAGAGAAUGCGCAGCGUUUAGGAUACGACUGCUGUAGUGCUGGUUGGGUGCAAAAUGGUGUAACCUUUAUACCGGCUGAUGCUAGUUAUGACGAUGCUAGCGCGGUAUGUGCUAAUCAGUUAGGCUCCCUCGCAUCGUAUGAACAGUUGUACUACGCUUUUCAACCUCGCCUGGAUAACUGCAAUGAGGGCUGGCUUAUCAGUGGUGAGAUUGCUUUCACUGAAAUUUCGGAUGACAGUUGCACCUUGAAAUCACCAGAUCAACGAAGCAAUGUUAUUCCAUGUGAUUCGUAUCACAGUGGGUGCUAUUGUUAUAGAGAAUACAAUACAUCUUUAGAAAAUGUUGACUAUUUUCCAUACACCCAGCGAAUAGUUAGACUCACAAAGAGCAAGUCAGAGAAGUUGAGUGCCAAUGAAUCUGAGGUGUGUUGCAGUAACUGUUUCGGUGGCCGACUGGCGACUCCACUUGAAGUUUACAAUGCUUCGUACUCGCUAGGUGUUGAUUUUUGCAUAAAAGGCUGGUAUUUGGGAUGGUUGGCUGGAAAUCCGUGUACUGGAUCAAACUCCCCUUCUGAAUUCUGGUUUUAUCCGACAGGGAAUGCGAUUAAAUUGAUUGACCCAAUGAUUAAAUACUUUUCCUUUUGUUACAUUCCUCUCCCAAACCAUAGCAUCACUUCGCCCGAUCCAUUUCCCCCCCAUCGAGUAAUGAGUGUGUGUGGUGACUUUAAUUAUCCUUAUACCCUUACUUACCAGGAAGCUGAGCUCAGUUGCAUAGGCUACGGGGGAACAUUGGCAAACAGAACACAGGUAGAAAAUGCACAGCGUUUAGGAUACGACUGCUGUAGUGCUGGUUGGGUGCAAAGUGGAGAGGUAAUUUACCCUAUAACACAUCAGAGAAGUUACUGCUUCAACAGCAAUAACGACCCUGUUAAAAGUUGGGGUUAUAAAAAUCGUAACCAUGCAUUUUGUGGUUUUUGUUACAUUUAGUAUUUGACCACUUCGCACAUAAGUUAGGCGCAAUUGACGAAUGGGGUUGGGGUAGGCGGCAAGUGAGAUAACAGAGAGCAAAAACUUCGUCGAUAUUUUCACAUAAACCUCAUAACUUUAUAAACAUUUGAAAUAAAAACUUAGCAUAGAUGUACAGGAAAUUAUGAUGAAUUAACAAUGUCAUUACAUAGGCCUGCAUGUUAUAUCCAAAUUACAGGAAAUUAGGUUUAUAUUACCAACGUAAAAGAAUUAGCCUAAAAAAGUUGAUUUAUAAUGUUUUACGUUGAUUGUUGAAAAAUCUUAGUUAUUACAAUCUAUAUAAACAUGCAUUAGGAACACGA